AUGCCAGGAGCCAAUGCGUACGCGUGCCCCUUGCCCACACACUGCUUCCGCACCGUCAACGUCCGCUACUCUGAACCCGCCACUGCAGCCAACACAGACGGCCCGCAGGCCCACGGCGUGAUGAGCUUCAUCAAGGUGGUUCGCAUGAGUGACGGCGCAGAGCAGACGUUUGACGGGAACUCGGACCACAUCGAGGUUGGGGAGGAUGGGAACACGGUGCGGGUGUUUGGGAUCACAGCGCUGGUGGGGGAGGUGUAUGUGGUGCAGGUGGUGGGGCCGGAUGGGGAGGAGGAGUGGCAGCCGGAGGAAGUGAAGGUGUACUUUGGGGAUGGCAUGCACAAGGAUUAUGCGGGCAGCUGUGGAGGUGCUGUGACGGUGCGCUUCAAGGCGCCUGCUGGGGGCAACACACAGUGGGCUGUCAGGAUGGCAGACAAUGCAGCGUGGCGGCCCUGUACCGGCACGACUCAGCCCUCACCCGUUCUCGUCUCGAACGAGUGCGAUGUGGACUCAGGGCAGCAGCAGGUGCAGGUGGUGCUGUCAGGCGCUCUGCACUACUACAGCCCUGCGGUCCUCUAUGUCACCCAGGACCCCCCUGCGCCCUGCUCCUCCUCCCCUGUGCGUUGUGGCCUGCUGGCACCGCGGGCAGUGUGGCGCUACAACCAGCAGGGGGACGAGCUGCAUCCACUCUAUCCCGCCGGCCCAGCCUACUACAACCCUCCCUUCCCGGACUCCUCCUGGCCCUCAGGCCCCGCCCCGCUCGCCUACGUGGGAUGGAACUGGGGCAUGGUGGGCACAUUCCUAGCACAGCCAUCGUGGGACGUGCGAACCACAUACUACUUCCGCACGACCUUCUCUCUCACCAACUCUGCGUGCGUCUCCCACCUGCUGCUGCAAAUGCCGGUGAACGAUGGUGUGAUUGUCUACAUCAACAACCGUGAGGUGUUGCGCCUCAACAUGCCCCAGGGAGACGUCUCCAACGCCACCUCCGCGCUGUCAAAGCAAGAGGCGAGGAACGACGAUGAGUUCAUCUACUCGGAGGCGACAGUGGAGCUGCCAGGGGCGCCGAUAGCCUCUGCGCUGACAGAGGGGGUGAACGUGGUGGCAGCAGAGGUGCACCUGGCUCGCAACGGCGGAUGGGACGUCUCCUGGGCUCUGCGCCUCUCCGCUCUUCUCACCACGGAGGAGUGCAGCGGGGGGCGCAAGGCACCGGAGGUGUGCGACGGCAUUGACAACGACUUUGAUGGCAAGGUGGACGUGAAUGCAGCCAAGAAGCCCCUGCAGCGCCCGUGCACGAGUGCGUGUGGCACCGGGGUGGAGACGUGCACGAGAGGCGCCUUCCAAGGCUGCUCCGCUCCCAAGCCCAAGCCCGAGAUCUGCAACGGCGUGGACGACAACUGUGACGGGCUGAUAGACAACGGGCCGGGGCGACUCAACUGUGCACUGGGCUCGGUGUGCUACCAGGGCAAGUGCGUGCCGCAGGGCCCGCUCACCGUCCCCUCGCCUGUCUUCCCCUCCAAGGCCUCGGGGUGGAGAUUUCACGACAAGGGCAGCAACAUGAACUCUGUCUCUGCCAGUUGGACCAAAGGGGACAUUGUGGGAAGCAUGUGGGGCACGGGCGCUGCUCCCUUCGGCACCUUCCCUGCGAACGCCUCCCUCUCCUUCGCCACUCCUCUGCGCCUUUUGCCCUCCUCCUCUGCAACGCGCUACUUCCUCCGCUCCUUCGUGCUCUCUGCUGCUGAUGCCGCUUCCACCUAUGCCUUUGAGUGGAACCUGCGCAGGGCGGACGGGUCAGUGCUGUACCUGAACGGGGAGGAGGUGGAGCGCAGCAACAUGCCGGAUGGGGACAUAGCCUUUGACACGCGUGCAGCUGCCGACUCCUCCUCCACGGACCCUGACCAGGACAACAACGCUGUCAAGUUCUACCACACUGAUCCCUACCCCUGGACUGGCCCGCUUGCUCAGGCGGGGGUGAACUGGGUGGCAGUGGAGUUGCACGAGGCGGACGGGGCGGCCAACAGUGUGUUUGACAUGAACAUGACGCGCCACACCGUCCAGCCAUGCUCCGCACUGCCCAAGGCGCCCAAGGCGUGCGUGCGCAACCCACCCACCGACAUCCCCAUCAUCUGGGGCUGGUCUGAUGAUUGGGCGUACCUUGACGCCUCUUCCAAUCUCCCUCCCGCCAACUGGAACAAGCCCACAUUCUCGCAUGAUUCAUGGAAAACAGGCCCUGCGCCUCUGGGCAACGAGGGGUGGGACGUGCGCACGACAAUAGCAACGGGCGCCAGCGAGGGUAAUGGGCGGCGAACAUACUACUUCCGCAAGGUGGUGACUCUGCCGGACGGCAAGUGCUACUUCCGCCUCCUGCUCUCCGUGCUGGGACAGGAUGGACUGGUGGUGUACAUAAACGGUGCAGAGGCAGGGCGGUCCAACAUGCCUCUCGGCCCAAUCACUUCCGCCACGCCUGCCAGAACCGAGGGGCCUUGGGACUACCGGCGCUUCGAUAUCUCAGGGGGGUUCUUAAGGACGGGGAGCAACCUGAUCGCUGUGGAGGUGCACGAGGCGCUGGACACGAGCACCAACUAUUUCUUUGACCUGGAGCUGCUGGGGCAGCGGGAGGCCGUCUCGUGCCUGCCACUGCCAAGUUAUUAG